UUUAAGCAACCCUGUUGCCCGUUAUCAAGCUAACUUUUUGCUCUCGGUGCCAGAAUUGAUUGUGGUAAGACAUCUUUCACUGAGAACUAAUUAAAAUGGAGCAUAAUGGGUCAGCUUCAAAUGCUGAUAAAAUCCACCAGAAUCGCCUGUCGAAUGUGACAGAAGAUGAAGACCAAGAUGCCGCUCUCACCAUUGUGACUGUGCUGGACAAAGUCGCUGCCAUCGUGGACAGCGUGCAGGCCAGCCAGAAGAGGAUAGAGGAGAGACACAGGGUGAUGGAGAACGCCAUCAAGUCCGUCCAGAUCGACCUGCUCAAGUUUUCACAGUCACACAGCAACAUGGGCUAUGUCAUUAACAAGUUGUUUGAGAAAACCCGAAAGGUCAGUGCUCACAUUAAAGACGUGAAGGCCCGGGUGGAGAAGCAACAAACUCACGUUAAAAAAGUUGAAGCUAAGCAAGAAGAAAUAAUGAAGAAAAACAAAUUCCGUGUGGUCAUAUUCCAGGAGGAGGUUCAGUGUCCGACGUCCCUUUCUGUCGUGAAAGACAGAAGCUUGAUUGAGAGUCCAGAGGAGGAGGACGAAGUCUUUGAUACCCCAGUUGAUCUGUCUUCAGAUGAAGAAUAUUUCGUUGAAGAGAGCAGGUCUGCCAGGCUUAGAAAGUCAGGCAAGGAGCGCAUUGAUAACAUCAAAAAGGCCUUUUCCAAAGAAAACAUGCAGAAGACGCGGCAGAAUUUUGACAAGAAAGUGAACAGAAUUAGGACUAGAAUAGUGACCCCAGAGAGGAGAGAGCGGCUGAGACAGUCGGGGGAGAGACUGAAGCAGUCAGGGGAGAGGUUUAAGAAAUCCAUUACCAAUGCAGCUCCCUCAAGGGAAGCUUUUAAGAUGCGUAGCCUUCGGAAAAAUCGAGCCAUGGCUGAGGGUCCAGAAGAGGUCCGGGAGGUGGGGGUGGACAUCAUUGCCAGGGGUGAGGCUCUAGGCCCCAUCAGUGAGCGCUACCCCGAGGUGCUCAGUGAAACAGACCCUGAGGAGGCCAGUGCCGCGCGUCCUCCCCAAGAAGGUGGGGAGAUCUCGAUCCCCGAGCCUCUGAAAGUUACUUUUAAACCCCAGGUGAAAGUAGAGGAUGAUGAAUCUCUUUUGCUAGAUUUAAAGCAGUAAUUAUAAAGAGGAAUUAAAUAUAUUAUAAUUGUAAGUCUCCUUAAUCACACAAUCUUAGUUUAAUUAAUAUAGUCAUUUACAUGUAUAUGCCAUAUAGGAAAACAUAAAUGAUAUGCUUGUUUCAUUUCUUAGGUUUUAAAUCUUCAAGAUAAUAAGUUAUUAAUAUACAUUUCCUUGUAACCUCCUGGGGAAUUCUUUUUUUUUCCCUCCCCUGGAGAACAUUUUUUUUCCCCUCUCCUCCCCCAGGGCUUAUUUGAUUCUAUCAGCUUCCUCUCUUAGGUCACUCUCAUGGCAGCUGUGGAUUUUUAAGUUCAUUUCUCUUGCCCAUCAAAAAAAAUAGUUUCCUAGUGAGGGCUAGUUAGGUAUUUGCUGCUGCUGCUGCUGCUAAGUCGCUUCAGUCGUGUCCAACUCUGUGCGACCCCAUGGACGGCAGCCCACCAGGCUCUGCUGUCCCUGGGAUUCUCCAGGCAAGAACACUGGAGUGGGUUGCCAUUUCCUUCUCCAGUGCAUGAAAGUGAAAAGUGAAAGUGAAGUUGCUCAGUCGUGUUCGACUCCUAGCGACCCCGUGAACUGCAGCCUACCAUGCUCCUCCAUCCGUGGGAUUUUCUAGCCAAGAGUACUGGAGUCGGGUGCCAUUGCCUUCUCCAAGGUGUUUGCUAGUCUCCAAGAAAUGAAGGGCAAAUUUGUGGCCAUGAUUUAUUUGCAAGUCAACUCUUGAUUUUGGUCUAGAUUAAUACAAGGUGAAUAACUCAUGUGUGGAUUUUAUCUAUCUGUUCAAAUCAAUAGAUUUGUUAGUAAAUUGGCAGUCACACCCCUUUUUGAUGCCUUUGCAUAAAAACAUGGAAGUGCUGGACUCGAGCACUCGGUUCUGGCAUCAGAGCCUUGCUUAUAGCAAGCCACUUGGCAAGUCGUCUGCUGAUCGUCUGAUCAGUGAAAUGAAGAGAGUUCACCUGUACUGCCCACCCCAGAGGACUGCUGUGAAGAUUAAUGAAAUGUUACACAUUCUGGGGGGAGCAAGAACCAUUUCCAGAGAAAAGAAACCCCACUGGUUCCUCAAAAACAGAAUCGAAAUAAUUACAUCUUCUGAAAAAGCCAUGAGCUCCAAGCAGUAAGGACCUAGGUGGGACAGACACUAAAGUUGGUUUUCCUUUUCACAGAAUCAGGAAUGAAAAAUAAAGGUUUGGGUGACAUCUGUUUCAUCAGAGACUAAACCCAGAUCUUGGGUUUGAGUUGGGUCUUAAAACAUUUCCUGGAAAAUUCUUCUCUGAUUAACUUCUGCACAGAUCUCUGGUGGACUAGAGCAGCAUGCUUGAGCAUCGUGAACUCUGCAACUGUGCUGUACCUUCAAGAGGCCUCUCUAAAGCCAGACCUUGUGCAGUGUUCGGCAAUGACCUCAAAGGUUUCUGAUUUCUGGAGUGAACCCCUCAAGGCCCACCUGUCUAAAACAGUGUUCAGGGAGUUCAUCACAGCUGCUUUGGGAGGAAGCCAGAUUCUACCUGUCAGUUAGCUGUAAAUCUUAACUGAUCAGCUAAGUAGCUGAUUCAGAAGUAGAUGUUAUUGUUAAAGAGAAAAAUGAUCAUACUGGUUCCUCAAUUAUGUAUGUUUAAACCUUUAGAUUUGAGAAAGGGAAGAAAUGGAAUUAGGGAAUUUGAAGAAUCUGAAGAGUUUUGGACAACAGUUAGCUUUCAGAUCAGUUUUAGAUGCUCUGGUAGUAACUAAAAAUUGUACACACACACACACAAAUCAGCUUUAAAAUAUUUAACUGAGUUACCCAGCUAUUGGGUUUGGGAGUUUGAUUCAGUAUCAUUUCCUCUUCACUGUGCAUGAAUACAUAAAAUUGUGAAUUAUUCAUCUCAUUAUCUUUUUAUAAAGUGUAUACAGCUUUGAACAAUACUUCCAAAGGAAUAAUUUUUAAAAUGUUAUGGUUUAGCAAAAGCUUGGCUGCCUAAUCAAAUAUUUCCUUAAAGCCAUAAUAAAU